CUUCACUCCACCCUCCUCUUUCUUCUGUCUCAGAAGCGUAAAACAACCAAAGGACUCAUUUCCUCUUUCAGUCCUCUGGAUGUGAGGUGUCCCAUCAUAUUUGAAGCAGUUCUUUAGAUUUUUUUUCUCAUCACCUAUUUGCUUAAAAUCGCUCCUCUGCCAGCUGAAGGAUGAGUUGGUGACUGAAAUCCAGGAUUCUUUGAUUUAUUUAUUUUUYCCACCCUCCUGAUUCUUUGGGAUGCAGCAUCUUUUGCCGGAGUCAUCUUUGUUCUYCUGCAGCUGAGUGUACAGUAGCUGCUGUAGUGGGGAAAUAGGUUAGUGUGCCUGUUUGGCGUCAGACAGCAGAGGUGACUGCGUGUUGGCGGCACAGAGGACAUGAAGAGGAAGGGGAUGUCUUCUCCACGGUAGCGUCCUCCAGUCCUGCAGCCGUCUGUGCAGAAUGUUUCCGCCCUGCUCCAGCCUUUAGCGGGAGUGUCAGCGGCUAAUUUCAGGACAAAGAGAGAAAAAAGGUUGCCAGAGGACAAAUACUCUACCUCUUGAAUUUUUAUUUUUAUUUUUAGCUCCAGAACAGGGCUGACCUGUGCGCCUGCUCCGUGCACGCACCAUGGACAUCAACCUCCAGUCGCAUCGAUUCUACUUCCCUCAGAUCUACUGUGCUGAGCCGGGGGUGCAGCCACAGCUUGCAGAGUUCAAAGUCAGUGAGCAGAGUAUCUGCCAGGCGCGGGCCUCCGUCAUGGUCUACGAUGACACCAGCAAGAAGUGGGUUCCCAUCAAACCGGGCCAGCAGGGAUUCAGCCGCAUCAACAUCUACCACAACACUACCAGCAACACCUUCCGGGUGGUGGGGGUCAAACUGCAGGACCAGCAGGUGGUUAUAAAUUACUCCAUAGUGAAGGGUCUGAAGUACAACCAAGCCACGCCGACCUUCCACCAAUGGAGGGACGCCAGGCAGGUCUAUGGCCUCAACUUUGCCAGUAAGGAGGAGGCCACCACCUUCUCCAAUGCCAUGCUAUUUGCUCUCAACGUCCUCAGUGCUCAGGAUGGAGGUCCAGCUCUCCAGCGUCAGGUCCAGAACGGCCCGACUUCAGAUGAGAUGGAAGCUCAGAGAGCAAGGCAGAUGAUGGAGCAGCAGCAGCAGCAGCAGCAGAUGCAGGCUCACAUGGAGCGGGAGCGACGCUCUUCUAACUCAGGUUCUCCUUUCCAGGGCCUCUCUGCUGUGCUCUCCGUGGCCCCACCUGUAAUACCUCCACCAGUCAACAUGGGCGGCCCUCCUCCUCCUCCGCCACCGCCGGGCCCACCGCCCCCAUCAGCGGGGGGCCCUCAGCCUCACCUCCCUCCUCCGCUGCCCUUAGGAGGAGGCGGCCAAGGGGACGAGGCUCCUGCGCCCACGGGUCUCGCCGCGAUGAUCGCUGGAGCCAAACUGCGUCGAGUCCAAAGACCUGAGGAGAGCUCUUCAGGCGCCAAAAACGAAGCCAACCGAACGAGCGGGGGGAGCGGAGGACUGAUGGAGGAGAUGAACGCUCUGCUGGCGCGAAGAAGGAAAGCAGCUUCAGAGAAGCCAGAGGACAGCCAAAAUGACGAUCCAAACUCUCCAUCCCCCAGCACUCGGAGUGGACAGAACUCAACAGAUGCUAAGAAGCCCUGGGACCGAGCUAACUCUGCAGACAGGUCAAUGGUUUCCAGGGUACGACCUGCAGGGAGCGGAGGAGACACAGACUCGUUAGACCUCGACAGGAUGAAACAGGAGAUCUUGGAUGAGGUGUUUCGUGAAUUGCACAAAGUAAAGGAAGAAAUAAUUGAUGCUCUUAGACUUGAACUCAGCCGAGUCAGCACGACAUAAUCUUCGAGACCUGACCCCACCUUUUUUUUCUACGCGUUGCCCCUGCUGCUGUAGCUGCUGAGGCCCUGAGGAGGAGGAGGAGAAGUCAGGAACUGAGGCCCAAACUGUGACAUCUACUCAUCGUGUGGAGCUGUGGUGUUGAAGCAACGCAGCAACGUUAAUAACACCUCAGAUGUGUCUGUGUACCAUUUGGUUUGUUCAUUUCAAACAGAAACACGGGAAAUGGGCCACACCCUCACUCUGAUUAYACAGUUCUGUUAACGUUUUUGUCCGUCUGUUCGCCCAGGUCUCCCUUCUGUCUUUGGCCCAAAGGAAAAUGAUUAAAUUCUUAAAUUACAUUGUUUUUGUUAAGUUUGAUUUUCAUAUAACUAUCAUUUUUAUUAUCAUUACUAUCAUACUUCUGAUCGUUAA